AUGGCGACGCUGACGACGGUGGCCGGAAUAGGCGGCACGACGGGGAUCGUCACCGGGGUGAGGCCUCUCUUGGUCGUCGGCACUUCCUCCCGGGAGCUUGGCUUCAGUCGGGCCGGGGCGCUGUCUGGGCUCUCCCUCUCGCUCUCUGUGGCGACUGCUUCUCCGGCUCCUGCCUUGGUUUCAGCUCUUCCCAUGGGUAAAUUUCUCUCCGACAGAGCCUCUGUACCAUCCCAUUCGCCCGUUGUGGGAUGAGCCCAGAAAAGGUUCCUAAAUCUCUGCCCCAUUAUCGGGGGUGUGUUCUUGAGGCAGUGUACUGCGGAAGAGGGGACAGGAAGACGGCGAGGGGCAAGCGUUUCAGUCGCUCCUAUGGCAACGUGAGUAGCUCCCGAACUCUGUGAACUUGGGUCCUUGUUGCCCUUUCUUAGUUAAGAGAAGGCAUGGUCGGGUAAAGUUCGUUUCCUCUCCUCCGUGUUGCCCCUGCCCCUCCGAUAGGCGAGGCCCAGGAACAAGAAGAAGGGAAGAGGGCCACCGCGCGUUCCUGUGCCGCCGUCCCCGCCGAGGAAGGACCGGUUUGACGACGGGGAAAUCGUCAAGAUUGAAAUCGACGAGUCCCUCUUCUCGUAG